UGCCGCCGGCAUCAGCCCAUGGCCCGGAGGUACAAUGAGCUGCCCCACUACCCAGGCAUUGCGGACGGCACCGCAGCCCUGGCUGGCUUCUCGGAGGCAGUGCCUCCAGCACAGAGAGCCCCUGGGCCCUACGGCCCCCACCGGCCCCCACAGCCGCCGCCCCCAGGCUUGGACAGCGAUGGCCUGAAGAGGGAGAAGGAUGAGAUCUAUGGACACCCGCUCUUCCCGCUGCUGGCCCUGGUCUUUGAGAAGUGUGAGCUGGCCACCUGCUCGCCCCGGGAUGGCGCUGGGCUGGGCGCACCCCUGGGCAGCGACGUCUGCUCGUCCGAUUCCUUCAAUGAGGACAUUGCAGCCUUUGCCAAGCAGGUCCGCUCCGAGAGGCCCCUCUUCUCCUCCAACCCAGAGCUGGACAAUCUGAUGAUCCAGGCCAUUCAGGUGCUCCGGUUCCACCUGCUGGAGCUGGAGAAGGUCCACGACCUGUGCGACAACUUCUGUCACCGCUACAUCACCUGCCUCAAGGGAAAGAUGCCCAUCGACCUGGUCAUCGAGGAUCGGGAUGGCGGCUGCAGGGAGGACCUCGAGGACUACCCAGCCUCCUGCCCCAGCAUCCCAGACCAGAAUACUACAUGGAUUAGAGACCAUGAAGACAGCGGAUCUGUACACCUGGGGACCCCGGGUCCAUCCAGCGGGGGCCUGGCCUCCCAGAGUGGGGACAACUCCAGUGACCAAGGAGACGGGCUGGACACAAGCGCGGCCUCUCCCAGCUCUGGGGGCGAGGACGAGGAGCUGGACCAGGAGCGGCGGCGGAACAAGAAAAGGGGCAUCUUCCCCAAGGUGGCCACUAACAUCAUGCGAGCCUGGUUGUUCCAGCACCUCUCGCACCCGUACCCCUCGGAGGAGCAGAAGAAGCAGCUGGCGCAGGACACGGGGCUCACCAUCCUGCAAGUCAACAACUGGUUCAUUAACGCCCGGAGACGCAUCGUGCAACCGAUGAUAGAUCAAUCCAACCGCACAGGGCAGGGAGCCGCCUUCAGCCCGGAGGGCCAGCCCAUGGCAGGCUACACGGAGACACAGCCACACGUGACUGUCAGGCCCGCAGGAUCGAUGGGGAUGAGUUUGAACCUAGAAGGGGAGUGGCAUUAUCUAUAGAGGCUGAGUCAGGAGAAGGACUCCUGCCUCCAAACUGUGACCACCAGGCUAACACCUUGUUUUGGUCCCCACCUCUGGCUUCAGGACCCCACCUUCUACGGCCCUCCCACUCAAUGCCUACCUCCCUGGGGCCCCACUGGGAUGUGGGGGGCCUGAGCGCCCACUCGAGGGUCUCUCAAGGACAAAGACAAAGCUUCUAGGCUCGGCGUCCCACUUCUACCCUCACCUCUGCCCAGAACCUGAGCUGAGAUCCUGGGUCGUUGGAAGAUGGUGGCGGGGGCCCCACCUCCAGGACAGAGAUGGAAUUGGGGGUGGGCUGGGGCCAUCAGGGGACGAGGGUCACCUGGAUCCGAUAUUUGGGGAGGUUCCCUUCAUCCUCCCAACCCACUCCCCUCCUC